GGGAGCGCGCGCGGGCGCGCAGGCGGGCGGGAGGCGGGAGGCGGGCAGGGAGCUCUCUGCGGGCGCAGUGCUGAUCCGCCGCCGGGCGGCCGGGAAUGCGAAGCGAUGGCCGCGGGCGGCUCGGGCAGUAACAGCGGCGGCGGAGGAGGCGCGGAGGAGAAGAGCUACCGCCGCUUCCUCGAGCUGUUCUUGGGAGAGUUCCGCGGGCCCUUCGGGGCAGAGCCGGCGGCGCCGGUGCCUUCCCCCCCCACGCCGCCUCCCGCUGCCGACGCCGCGGCCGCCGAGGAGCCCGGGGCCGAGGGAGAGGAGGCGGCGGCGGCGGCGGCGGGCGCCGAGGCAGAGGCAGAGGAAGGAGACGCCGGCGACCCUCAGGCGGCCGCCCCGCCGCAGCCGCCUCCCCCGCCGCUGCCCCCGCUGCCCCGGCCGCUCUCGGAGUACAUCACGGAGGAGGAGGUGGAGGGCGAGUGCCUGGACCUCUGCUUGCAGCAGCUGUACAAGUAUAACUGCCCUUCGUUUCUGGCCGCUGCUUUAGCUAGAGCAACUUCAGAUGAAGUCCUUCAGAGUGAUCUUUCAGCACACUACUUACCAAAGCACGUGGACAAUGCCGAUGGGAUCAUACAGAUCGAGACAGUGAAGCUAGCCCGCUUAGUUUUUAGCAAACUCCAUGAGAUCUGCAGCAACUGGGUGAAAGACUUUCCACUCCAGCCGAAGCCGCACCGCUACUACGAGACGUCCAUCCACGCCAUCAAGAACAUGCGCAGGAAAAUGGAAGACAAGCACGUCUGCAUUCCAGACUUCAACAUGCUCUUCAACCUUGAGGACCAAGAAGAGCAAGCUUAUUUUGCAGUGUUCGAUGGUCACGGGGGAGUGGAUGCUGCCAUCUAUGCCUCCAUCCACCUCCAUGUGAACAUGGUCCAUCAGGAGAUGUUUCAGCAUGACCCCGCAGAGGCGCUGUGCCGAGCUUUCCGUGUGACCGAUGAGCGUUUUGUCCAGAAGGCAGCCAGAGAGAGUCUGCGUUGUGGAACCACCGGGGUGGUGACUUUCAUCCGAGGAAAUAUGUUGCAUGUGGCUUGGCUUGGAGACUCCCAGGUUAUGCUUGUGAGGAGAGGCCAAGCUGUGGAGCUGAUGAAACCCCACAAACCAGAUCGAGAGGAUGAGAAGAAACGCAUUGAGGCCCUUGGUGGCUGUGUGGUCUGGUUUGGAGCCUGGAGGGUGAAUGGGAGCCUGUCAGUCUCCAGAGCUAUUGGGGACGCUGAGCACAAGCCAUAUAUCUGUGGGGAUGCAGACUCUGCCUCCACUGUACUAGAUGGCUCUGAAGACUACCUCAUUUUAGCCUGCGACGGCUUCUAUGACACAGUCAAUCCCGAUGAGGCAGUCAAAGUGGUGGCUGACCAUCUCAAGGAGAAUAAUGGUGACAGCAGCAUGGUAGCACAUAAAUUAGUGGCAUCCGCUCGCGAUGCCGGUUCCAGCGACAACAUUACUGUCAUUGUGGUAUUUCUCAGGGACAUGAAUGCAGCAGUCAGCAUUAGUGAGGAGUCGGACUGGACAGAGAACUCUUUUCAAGGCGGGCAAGAAGACAGUGGGGAAGAUAAGGAAAACCAUGGAGACUGCAAACGACCGUGGCCCCAGCACCAAUGCUCAGCACCUGCAGACCUAGGGUAUGACGGACGAGUGGAUUCCUUCACUGAUAGAACUAGCUUAAGCAUAGGGUCCAGCAUUAACCCGUUUGAUAAUCAAGGCUAUUUAGACCUGACAAAAACAGAAACUAGUACACCUAAGAGUGCCAAAUACCUGCCACCAAUUCAAGUGUUUAGUCCUGGUAUACCAAAGAAUGCGAAUUUGAUGAAUGGUUUAACAGAGAAGAAUGAAUCACCAGAGAGCACCGCAUCAUCAGUUUGUGGACAGAGUGAUCUCAGCACUCCUCUUAGUUUGUGUGCUGCAGGGCAGAGCAUCUACAGGGGGAAGGGUUUGUCUCCGAUCUUCUUUGGGCUGGAAGAUGAACUGUUCAGGUCCUUGGGAAAACGAGUUGCGUUCUUUCAUUUCCGGUUCUGUAACGGGAAGAGGCAACGAGGAGCCAGGCUCAAACCAAAGUUUCACCCGCCCCUCUUGGCUCGUGAGCCUUCCCACAGAGAAGGAUCGGGUCUGUCCUUGCCUGUCCGAAGCCGCAGUAACACCAGGUUGUUGGUAAGACACUCCCCGUGGUGGAGGCUGGCUAGGCAUAACGCUUACCCUGAGAGCAUGUUUUCGAUGCGAAGACAAAGUAAUUGUAUACCAGAUUCGUACCUUCAUCAAUGCUGUAAAAUGUAACCGUCCCCCUUGUGUUCCCCUUCAGACUCCCCUAGUAGACAUUCCCAAAAUAAACUGGCAUCAUCAGGAAGCAAAAAAAAAGGUGGGCAUUUCAGAACUGUACUACAAUCCCCUGCAAAGCUCAAACCACGUGUAAAUAGACCUAGGAAUUAACAAAUGUAGUUGUUCCAAUCUCAACAAAGUUUGCUGGUGGUGCCACCCUGAGCAAUGCCACAGCCACCCCCACACACGAGUAUCCAGCCACAUUCACUAGCGAGAGCCGAGCCGCUGGGGCACUGAACAGACACUGGUAGGGAACAGUCCUUGAGCCUGCAGGAAGGUGAGCCCGAACCCGCCCGGGAGGUGUCUGGAGCAAUACGUCAGGAAGGGUUCUGGUUGAGAACUGCCAAAUUUUGUAGAGUGGGGGGGAAGUUUCCAUAGAAGUCCAGGUUGUGUGGGUUAUUUUGUGUUCUGCUUUGUUUAUUUCAGGCUAGCAUUAAGAAUCAGAAAAUUACAUCCACUUUUGCAGGUAAAAGACUAAAAGCCAUACAAGGUUUUACCAGGUAACUUAGGAAUGGCCAAACUAAGCUCCUGCCGCUCUGUUCUCAGACUCCGAUUGAGGUACAGACUCAUAAUUUACCUAUUUUUUUUUUUCCUGUAACAUAAAAUGUGGAAUAUGAAGAAAACUUUUUUGUAGUUUUUAAAAAAUAUAUUUCCUAUGGCUAGGGGUACAGCAUAGGGAAUUUCGUAUCUUUCUGGUGCUUUUAGUGGCAUUUUUCUUGUUUGUCAGUUUAGGAAACUGUUCUCAAUUAGUUUUAAUCAAAUGUAAUUGUGCUUAAUGCUUUGAGCCAACCUCUUUCCACCAUAACUUCAUCUCAGGUCUUAAAGCAAACCCAUGUCUGUGGAGACGUUCGGUACAAUGCUCACCCAGUCAAACCAGAGAGCUGCUUGCUAGGAAUAAUGAGCAAUUUGAUGAGCUGUUUGGUUUCAGUAAUGAUUUCUGGAUGGCAAAGACGUAAGUUAAUAUAAAGUUGCAGCAUGAAGGAUGGUAAGAUGCUGUGUCUACAAGGAGCAUUAGUGCUGCAAUUUGGUGAUUUCCAGAAUGCGUCAGAACGGGUGCCGGGCUGCCGGCGCAAUCCGGAGUGAAUGCAGAUGAGCAGGGGAUGUGCUUGGGGUUUGGAGCAGAGGGUAAAAUCCGCUGACAAUCCGGGGCUCUGCUUUGGUUAAACCCGAAUUCAGAAGGAAGAGUGAGGAGUGUCAGUUGUCCUUGUGUUAAUAGGCAGAGCCCUGCUCCUGGAACUCCGAAACAAACGGUACCCACCAGCUCUGCCCUAGCCCUGAGGCACUGUUAACCCUUACGGGAGCAUUAAGGUAGGACCUAAGUAAGCAGACUGUUCCCAUCAGCUCCACUAAAUGCACAUCCCGUUCCUCUCAUUCGUUACGCUGAGACAUUUGGAAUAGUAUGAAUAAAGUAAGUCUUCAUAAGCAUUUAUUGUACAUCAUUUUAGCAGUAACAAUUUAAUAACAGUGUUAGUAUUUAGCUAGAAUUUGCAAAGUAUUUUAAUAUUAUAAGUAGUCAGGAGAUUAUUCAACACGAUGAGAUGGCAAGGUUUGAAUUCUGCCAAUUUCCGCUUCUUCGAUCUUUGAUGCACUAUUUAAAAAGCAAUUUGAUGAAUAGCAAAAGGCUUUGUGAGUAACCAGGAGUUGGAGUGUGGCUUUAGAUUCCUUUGAUCUUUUUCAGAGUUUUCUUUUUUGUUUUUUCCUUUUAUCUUAUGGGAUCAUUGGCUCUUAUCUGUCAUCUUAUUAAGCCUUAGCUGUUGUCAUCAUUCUCUUUAGCUGCAGCAUAUGUUCCAAGUCAGAUUUACUAAGGAAAUUUGAGAAACAGUAAAAUAUGCAACUCUGGGGCAUCUCUGUGGUGCCUUUGUUUUAAAUUAUUCGCAGUAAUAACGAUGCAUUGAAAGUCCAUCUUACAGCGUGCUUCUGAGAGAAAGGUGGUGUAAGUGCAAUUGUUUGUAUGAGUAAUCCGAAUGACAAAAUGUUACGAAUGAUAAACUUCUUCCCAGUCUGCAGGAGCAGUUGAAGAGCACUGGACUGCAUGUGUGCUGUUUUGGGAAGGAUAUAGCUUUUUAGGUGUGGAUUCAUACAUGAUAAUUCUGCUACUCAUACCAUUUAUCUUGCUAGGAGAAAAAUCUACCAUCGUAGUUCCAGUGUGGUCAGGUAAAAAACAUUGUAUAGAUAGCAAGUGUUCAUUUCUUCACUAAAUGCAUAUUUAUAGAGUAGAUAGGAACCAUUUGUAAGGUAAGUCCUUUCAAGUUCUAUAAUAUUAAAAGUAGUGGUUAUUGGUCUGAUAUAUGCUGCUCUUGACUCUACACACUAGACAAAAAAGCAGUGCUUUGUGAAAUGCAGUGUUUUCUCUUAAUGCCACUGGUGAUAGGAAGUAGUUCUCUUCAGUUCAAAAUCCUGUGCCCUUACUUGCUGCUUGCUAACGUAAGCAAUAAUCCCCCUCUAACGGUAUCUAAGUGUUCUGUAUCUCGUACUUUGAGUGUCUAGCUGGUGACAAUGUAAAAAUAUUAGGCUAAUAUACAAGUAUCUAAUUGUAUUUAUUAACUGUUGCUACUGAGAUUGUCUGUGACCUGUGUUUUGUAUUUUUAUUGUGCAUCUUAGUGGUGGUGAAAUUUGUAUAACGAAUCUUUCCAAUAAAGAGCUGAAGUAUCCCUUUUCACGUUAACACAACCCGCAUCAGUUUCAGUUUACGUGUUAAGCGUGUUUGCAGAACUAGGAGGUAGGUAGUGAAAACUUUUUUUUUUUAAUUAUGUUGGUUUUGAGAAAUGGGCUUCAGGCUCUUUGCCUGAAGCUCCUCAAAGCUCACUCGUAAGCUAUUCACUGUGAGUACUAGAGGGAUUCACUCAAUCCCAACUCUGAUAGUUUCCUGUGCACACUUUUUAAAUGUGCAACUCUGAGGAAUGUCUGCGUUGCAGAGAGCAGUAUAGCACCAGACCAGGGAGCUGUUAACCCAUUUCGAUUUGCACUAAAGGUGGGUGGAAACGCAUGUAUAUAACUUUUUUCUUUUACCUAGAAGUGCCAUCAAUUGUCCUUGCAAGUUAAAACCAUUCAGUAUUUGAUUUUAGAUUGCAUUGUAACACUGAAGGACAAUAUCAGAGCAGCCUAACUUACGCCACAUUUAUAGUGGUACAUCGUCAUAGAAACUCCACUCUGUUUUUGGAACACUGUGUGUCAGUGAGAAAUGCAUGUCCUAUGGGCAGAUACGAUGAGGCAUAACGAGUUCUGUGUUUAUAGACAUGACUGCUGUAGUUCAGGUCCACUAUCUCCUCACUAAAUCCUCCCUACCCUGGCAAUGUUCUGCAGAAAAAAAAUGAGAAAGAUUGGUCUAAAUUAGGGGCUGUUUUAGCACAAUUUAUUCACUCAGCACUAGUCACGUAAACAAAGCCAUCGAAGGGGAUACCGCAGCUUUGUUCAUGCCUGUAAUCUAGGGCAAUCUUUCUUUAAUUCACACCCUCUUUGCAACAGGAACAAAACUUUCUACCCUUGUAUCGUGCAAUAAGUAAGAAUGAAGCACUAACACAACCUCUGACUUAAAUGUUCAUACUUUUUUUCCAGUCCCUGAUAAGCAGGCGAUCGCACUAUACUUGCCAGCACUAAAGCUAAAGAAAAAACUAAAUCCCACCUCUUAGGGUCUAGUACAACUCUUGUAUGUCGCAAUUACAUCGUGUUAGCGUUUUCUUUUUUUUUUUUUUCCUUCUCCCUCUCCUUCACUCUAGAAGACAUCUUAAAACAAGAACAGGGGAAGUUGGCUGAGAUCACCCUGAGUACUUCUACGCCCAAACGCGUAUUUGUGUAGAUAGCCAGGUGUGUUGUCAGUUGCUGCACUGGGUGCUCCUGUUGAGCUAUCUGUAUUACCUUGUUCACGAAACUAACAUGUUCUUUAUAAAGUGAAUAAAUUAAAGCUAAUCCUUUAACAGUGUUGGGACUUUCCAUUUGCAAUCUUGUUCUACAGUUCACAUCUGAGUUUAUAGUUAUAACCAUGUAUUAGUCAUCCAUAUUUUAUUUAUGCUGUUUAUACAGAACAACUGUUGAAGUUUUACCAAUAUCUUAAAUAAAACAGUAAUUUAAACCACAA